CGCAAACUUCGAAAACGUUCAUUCAAAGCUUACGUCGCAAGCCGACUCUUGGUAUCGACGCGAUAUUUCUCACUAACUAGUUUCAUUAAAGUGACAACACAGUUUUUUUUGUGACUAAACAAAUAAUUUGCGUGAAGUGAUUAAUAAUAAUUUCUUAUCGUGCAAAAUGAAAGCAGCCAGUGUUAUGUGCCCCAAAAACAACAACAACGUGUCCUCCGGCAGGAUAACGAAGCGAAAGGACAUCGAAAACGAGGAGAUUCAGAUGUAUAUCAGCAAAUUGAAAGACUUGGUUCCUUUCACCCCCAAGAACAGGAAGCUCACCAAAUUGGAAGUUAUCGAACACGCGAUCGCGUACAUCCUCGAUUUGCAAAGUGCUCUCGAAACCCAUCCAGCGGUGAACGCUUUCGAUGCCGCCCAAGUGUUAAACCAGAGGAAAUCCCAAGGAGCUAUUAGUCCACGACAACCAUUAGGAGUUCGACAAACGCCGAACACAAUAUUAACACCCAGCGAAGCACCUACAUUACACAUUACGACUCCUGAAAAAUUAUCACCAUCAGAUACGAAUUCUUUAGCGUGCUGAAAAGAAUAUCGCCGCCUAACAUCGUCACCAUUCCAUCAUCGUCAUCAUUAUCAUCGUUAGCGGGCGUAGCGAUCUCCAAACCGAAGUUAGUUUCAUUUUUUUUAAGCAUUUUUGUUGACUGAUUACUAAUUUAUACAGCGUGUUUAUGACGGGGGCAAAAUUAUGUUUUAAUUUGAUAAAUUACGUACCUGUUUUGUGUUGCAAUUAUACUUCCGGUUAUACAAAAAAAAUAGCUAUCACCGCCACAGCACCAAUACUACAAUAACACAAUAUCUACUGCUACUAUUAUUAUUAAUAUUAUUAUUGUGACUUUUUUAUUCUGUGAUCUUAUUUAGUGUGUUAUUAUAUUAAUUAAUUGAUUAGAGAGACGAGGAAUAACUAUAUUAUUAUAUCGAAUGUACAAAAGAGAGGCAGAGUAGAUUAUUAUAUUAAAAAAAGAAGCUUGUGUACAUAAAGAGCGUAAAGAUACGUUAAUUGUAAUCAUGGAUGUGGCUCGUCCCCAAUAAUUUGUACAUUUUCGGACGUGCCAAAUCCAUUUGGAGAUGUCGUAUCAAAAUGCGUUGUAUAGUUUUAUUUUUUGUUUCUACGAAUGAAUGAAAAUUGUAAAUAGUUACCUGUGAAGAAGCAACUAUGUGUUGUUGAUUUUUUUUAUUGCGAAUUAAACGAUAUUUAACUUGAAUAAAGUAAAAUAAAAACUUA